CUUGUUUUUCAAAGAAAGGAGGGGAGAGAGAGAGAGAGAGGGAGCCGCAAAGAGGCGGAGGAUCGGCGAAAGCGAGUGGAUUGGCGUCGGAGAUAAGGAAUUGUCUCGAAGGAAAGAACGCAAGGAAGGAAUCUCUCUCGCUCCACAAUCAUCCUUAGAGGAAGAAGAGGAGAAGAGAGAGAGAGAGAGAGAGAGAGAGAGAGAGAGAGAGAGAGAGAUUUGGGAAGGAGAAAAGAAUGAAGGUGAGAGAUCUUUUCGAAGGAGGAAGGAGAGAAGAAACAGGAAGGAAGGGAGGAAGGAGCGUGUGCCGUGGCCUCGGUUGGAUCCAGGUAUUGAAACCCUAGCUCUGGUGAGUACCAAGCAACGUGCUAGGCAUGGGCUACUUCUUCUCCAUCUCUCGUCUCAUCUUUUUUUUUUCUCUCCCAAAUCCGUGGCUUCCCUCUACCAAGCACGUCAGACGAGCAAGAUCCGCUGUCGACCGCCUCCAUCCAACAAAAAUCGGAGGUUGUUCGGCAUUUCUACACCGAAAUGGCAUGAUUUUUUUUUUCCGCUGCAGCGGGUGAUUCAUACAACACAUACAUGGAUACACGGACACCCAAUAAAGCCGGAAAAUAUAAUAUUACAAUCCUCCUCGCAGCUCUCCAUUUUCUGCCCAUAUGGUGCAUAUAUGGUCAUUUAGUCUGCAGGCCUCGUUGGCUUCUCUAAAUAUAUAUUUAGAGCCGACAACUCUUCCAGCUGAUGAUUGUAGCUGAAUUAUUUUUCAAAAUAACUAAACUAGCUGAUAGCACACGAUGAGCACAUUAGAAAUCAGCCCGGACAACCCAUAGCUCCGCAUAGAAAAUCAUGCAAUUAAAUAUUUGGCAACCUCUCGCUGCCACAAUUUUUAAAUGGAUUUCUAAUGACGAAAUCCGCUCGAUCUUUUUACCUUAUUCAACACUGACCGACCAAAAUUGAUCAGGUGAAGAACACCCUGCGGAAUGCUGCCGCAUAAUGAAAUGGCAUGGCGUGAUUUCUGAGCGUUUUCUAAGCGAGGAGAGAGGGAUAGAUGAUCAUGGCCGCCGCUACGAGGCUGCGCCUCCUGGGAAGACCGAGAUUCACAAGACAAUGCCACCAGCAACCAGCACGAGUUCAAUCGCUCCUUGAUGUCAUCUCCACGGGCGUCGGCGGCCUCGAUGACAUGGAAGCCAGCCUUAACCGUCUGGGAGUCGCCGUCGCCCCUUCCCUCGUCACCCAGGUCGUCGACUCCUAUACAAGCAGCGGCGGCGGCGGCGGCGGCGGCGGCAGACGGCUCCUACGGUUCUUCUCCUGGUGUCGGAGACGGAGCCGCGAGAGAUUGGGGGACGAGGUCUUCGAUCACGCCAUUCGAGCCUUCGCGGGGAUGAAGGACCUCACCGCCAUGGAGAUCACCAUCUCCGAUCUCGAGGAGGAGGGCCGGAAGAUGACCUUGGAGACGUUCGUCCUGGUGACCGAGACCCUCGUGAGGUCAGGCAGGGAGGACGAGGCCGUCCGCCUGUUCCGGAGCAUGGAAUCCAAGCAGCUGCUGCCUCCGUCCUGUAUCCCAUCCAUCGUCCACGCGCUGUGCGCCAGGGGCCACGCUCGCAAGGCCCGGGGCAUCGUCUGGCACCACAGGGACGAGCUCCAGGCGGCGCCUGCGGCCAUCGCCGCCGACAUCCACCGUAGCCUUCUCCACGGGUGGUGCGUCCAUGGGAACGCCAGGGAGGCCCGCCGAGCCAUGGACGAGAUGAGGUCGCUGGGAAUCCGCCCGGGCCUCGCCUCUUACAACUCCCUCCUCCGCUGCAUCUGCCAGAGGAACCUCAGGUUCAACCCCUCCGCCCUCGUCCCGGAGGCCGCCGAUCUGAUGUCGGAGAUGCGGGCCUCCGGCGUCUCCCCGACCACCGUCAGCUUCAACAUCCUCCUGUCCUGCCUCGGCAGGGCGAGGAGGGUGAAGGAGGCCUACCGGAUCCUCCACUCCAUGCGACAGCUGGGGGAGUCUGGAUGCGCACCAGACUGGAUGAGCUACUAUAUCUUAGUGAGGGUUCUCUACCUCACCGGGAGGUAUGUGAGAGGCAACAGGCUCGUGGAUCAGAUGCUCGAGGAAAGGUUGUCGCCGGGGGCGAGGUUCUACCGCGGUCUCGUCGGCGUCCUUUGUGGGGUGGAGAGGAUGGACCACGCCCUCAAGGUGUUCGAGAGAAUGAAGAGGUGCUGUGAGCAGGACCAGGGGCCGACCUAUGAUCUGCUGAUAGAAAAGCUCUGCAGGAAUGGAAGAUUUGACGCAGGGAGGCGUCUCUGGGAGGAGGCUGCGGAGAGGGGCAUCAUUCUCCAGUGCUCCAAGGAUCUCUUAGAUCCUUCUAAGACUGAGGUUUUCAAGCCGAGGGAGUCCGCAGUGAAGCUGAGUCCACGGGACUACAAGAGGGCAGUGCAGAAACGAAAGAAAGAUUGGCGUCUCACUAUACAGUGCAAGUACGCCAUGAGAAGUCAAAAUACAAAACACGAGCUAGGCUCUGGAAAAUGUAGGAAGUGCCGUCCCAUAAAAAGGCUCCGGUGUGAUGUGCUGCAAAGAAGGCGACCCAAUCAGCUACACUGUUCGCCUCUCGAAAUAUAUGUGUGACCCAAAAUGCGUCGAAACCCUUCAGAAUGUGGUAUACAUUCCAGACUAGUAGAUGUAGAUCUGAUCUAGUACGCAUAUUCCUGAUCCAAUUAAUUAUUGUAGCCGAAUCACCCUUCAAGAGUAUCCGCCGAGCUUCCAAAUGCACUCUAGCGUAAACAAGGUCUUUCCAUGCUGCGCGCAGCUCCGCCAUUGGGACCAACUCAUCAAAUAUAUGUCGUCCUCCUGCCGCAAUCAUCUAGAGAUUCUAGUCCCCGAUCACAAAGUCCACACUACAGCUAUUACUGCUCUUUGAAAUGCUACCGUCAAAAUUCAUCUUGAGAAAAUCAUAAUUCAGUAGCAAGAUGCUGCUUUCUAAACGAGUUUUGGAAAGUUCUUUCCGAACCUCAAGGUGAAGCGUAUCAGCAUUUUUAUAAAGGGAGAACCUCUUUUACGACAUC